AGGCAUAACUAAUCGAUCGCCGAUCCCAGAGUCUUGCCUGCACUGUGCUCUGCAUUUGUUGUCUCAGCUCCUCAACCACUUCUUACAACUACUCGUUCUUUGGAGAAAUGGCGACUACAGUGAAGCUUAACACCGGUGCACAAUGUCCAAUUUUGGGACUGGGGACAUGGAAGUCUACCAAAGGUGCAGUCGCAGAUGCGGUGAAAGCAGCCAUCUCAGCGGGUUACAGGCACAUUGAUGGAGCCUUUGUCUACCAGAACGAAACAGAGGUGGGAGAGGGUGUCCAGGCCAUGAUCAAGGAAAGCGUGGUCAAGAGAGAGGAUCUUUUCAUUGUCAGCAAGUUGUGGUGCACUUUCCAUGAGAAGUCCCUGGUAAGGCAAGCUUGUGAAAAGACUCUCAGUGAUCUUAAACUGGACUACCUGGACCUCUAUCUGGUGCACUGGCCUAUGGGUUUCAAGUCUGGUGAUGAGCUUUUUCCAUUGGAUGACGCUGGAGAAACGAUCAACGAUGAGACCUCCUUCCUGGAGACAUGGGAGGGGAUGGAGGAGCUGGUGGAUGCAGGUUUGGUCAAAGCUAUCGGUGUCUCCAACUUCAACAAGGCACAGCUGGAAUCCAUUCUCAACAAGCCCGGCCUCAAAUACAAACCUGCCAACAACCAGAUUGAGUGCCACCCGUACCUGACCCAGGAGAAGCUGAUAGAUUACUGCCGCUCUCAGGGUGUCUUGGUGACAGCAUACAGCCCGCUGGGCUCUCCGGACAGACCCUGGGCUAAACCUGAAGACCCCUCACUUCUGGAGGAUCCAAACAUUAAAGCCAUCGCUGACAAGCACAAAAAGACAUCUGCUCAGGUCCUGAUCCGCUUCCACAUCCAAAGGAACGUGAUCGUGAUCCCCAAAUCCAUCACACCUCACCGCAUUCAGGAGAACUUCCAGGUGUUUGACUUUGAACUAACUGAGGAGGAAAUUAAGACUAUAUUAGGAUUCAACAAGAACUGGAGAGUGUGCCCCAUGCAAUUGAGCACAAAGCACAAGGACUAUCCAUUCAACGCUGAGUUCUGAAGUGAAAACGCUGAUUUUCCACAGGUUUACAUUUGGUGCUGGGGUUUGCUUCUCUCCUUUUAGACUGCUCGCUUUGCUCUUCUUUUGAGCAGCUGGCAGUUCGCAGUGUGGCCUUGGAGCAGAUUUUGAUUUCAUUGAUAAGAGAAAAUUAAGCUGACUCUUGCUGGUGUCGCCUCACAAUCCAAAAAGUUGUUCAUACACAUGUUUGAGAUGCCUGAAUAAUCCAAAUUGAGGCCAUUACUGAGUAUCAGUAUCUUCCCUUGACGCUAAUUCCUAAUUUGUUCUGUCUUAGUUGUUUCUUACUCAGCGCAAGGAAAAUUGCACUGACUUACUUUUGUAUUUGUGGACUUUUUGGUUACUGAACUACCUAAAAAAUGUACCAUUUACAUUAUAUAUGCAUCGUGGAUUCAAUAUGUUUGAAAGGAAAGAGCGUUUGGAGUUGUCAUUGUGCACUAAAAAGUAUUUUCUAUGUAGGACUUGUUGCUUGAAAUAUUUGUAGUAUCACAUAACAUCGAAGACUUCUUACAGUCAAUUAUUUUCCAUGAACUAAAAGAUAAAAACAGCUCCUUGAUCAAAACAUAUUUUCAUCUGCACUUAUCUGAUACAUACAGAACACAUCAUAUAUAAAAGCAUUUGGUGUAUACAUUUGACUGCAGAACAAAAACCUCUUUGUCACUGUUACGAAACACAAUACCUCGACUUGUCUUGAAAAAACUGAAGGACUCCCCACUGUUGCUUACAAGUCACAUGUGGCCCUUUAUAAUCAUGUGUCACCCUGUUACAAAAUCACUGCUUUCACUUCCUGUUUGAGCUGUUUUUUCAACCAUUGAAAUAAAAUCCUGUGGAAGAAAAUAAAAACAACUGUGUCAAAGUGU